GCCGGGGAUGGGACGCAGCGCAGCCUCCGCCGGCCGGCCCACCUCUUUCCUCGCCUGUUUCUUUUGUAGCGAGCGGGGCCGUCCGUGAGCAGAGGCACGCCCCGGAACGAGCCCCCCGCGUCUCUCCAGCGUCGGGCUGUGCUGCAGUUGGAAGCAACUUCCAAACAUGACUGAAAUUGCAUUUUUAGCUUUAUUUAUAGCUUCCUACUCGUUUUCAAAGCGAUCGUAGCGGAGUUGUCUCCUGCAGUUCCUGCGUUCGUAGUGGAAAGCUGGGCAUGCUUUUAGGAACGUGUAAUCGCCAAGCGCUGGCUGGUAGAAAUGCAAAAUAGCUUGGGUGAUUGAUACAUUGCUUCGAGGAAAAGAGGCCAGAGCAGAUCCGGGAAAGCUAAUGAAGUGAAGUCUUCGGGAAAACGGCAGGAAUGCAGCUUUGCAGUAUUUUUGGCUCCACUGAAGGACAAUAAACAGAAGUUACUCUGAUAAGAUUUCCAGCACCACGUGUCUACUGCACCAUUUAAUAUCUCAUUAAUGAUCAAUCUAGUGUCCGGCUCAGGAAUAGUAGACAGAUAAUAAUUUUGCAGGAAGUGCUUCUUGACAGCUAUGCGGGAAAGUGGAACUCAUUGCCCUCUCUGCCGGGGGAGUGUGACUAAAAAAGAAAGAUCAUAUCCCAAAAGGGCUCUAGAUGUCGAAAACAGUAUGAAGAAAGCUUCCGGGGGCUGUAGAUGCUGUGAGAAGCAGGUUAGGUUUUCGUGGAUGAGACAGCAUUAUAAAACGUGUAAGAAGUAUCAGGAUGAAUACGGUGUUCCUUCUGUUAUUCCAAAAUUACAGAUUACCCAGGAUUCAACAGGGAACAGUAGCAGGAAUGAUGCAGUAUCAGCUAAUGGAGAGAUGGCUACUACUCAAAUGCGCCAAGGAAAUACAAGUGGACAUCCAACUUUCAAAUGCCCCUUGUGUCAGGAAGCCAAUUUUACCAGACAACGCUUGCUGGAUCACUGUAAUAAUAGGCAUCUUUAUCAGAUAGUUCCUGUAAUCUGUCCUAUUUGUGUAUCUCUCCCUUGGGCAGAUUCUAGCCAGGUUACCAGAAAUCUUGUUAGCCAUCUAAAUCUAAGACACCAGUUUGACUAUGGAGAAUUUGUGAAUUAUCAGCUUGAUGAAGAAGCCCAGUACCGAAAUGCAGUUCAAGAAUCCUGUCAUGUGAACUUUUAAAGAAUGGAUUUCUGUCUUACUGGUUAUCCUAGAGGAAAAAUUACAUGAUUUGUUGAUAAUCUGAAACCUGCAUUAAUAACAAAUGGCUUAAUUUUUUCCAUGUUGAUAAGAACUUUUUAUAUAUGGUUUUACUGAAACUCAAACUUGAUAUUUUUAAUAAGAUCAGGCUCUUGGAAUCAGAGAGCUUCCUGGAACAACUUUGUCUUCAUUGUUUCUAACUUCUACUACUCUGUUAAUCACAGUUUCUUUUACUAAUGCUGGAUAUUCUGAUUGACCAAUAACAACUUUGAAAACAGCAUUUUUAGAGAUGCAAAGAUGCUCUGUUGCACUGUUGAAUUUAAGUUCAUCUUUUGUCUCUAAGAUAGCUGCAGGUUAACAAUUUGUGUUGUCCUCCUGCCUGAGGACAAAGUUUUAUUUGAUGUUGUGAUUUGUUCCUUGCCAUUACUAUGUAAAUGAAAACAGUGCCAGUGUAAGAAAUCAAAAUACUUAUUUUGUAUAGGUUAGCGAUGCAGAGGUUUCUUUCACUAAGAAAGAAUGGUGCCAUUGCCUGGGAAUGAUUGCAUCUAUUUUCUUCCCCUUUUUGAGCAUAACUGAAGUAGGACACUUGAUUAGACAUCUGAAUGGAGAGUUUUCUCCAUCCUCCUAACUAUCAGUGAAGGUAGCCCCCCUGCUAUAGAAUCACAGAAUUGUAGGGGUUGGAAGGGACCUCCAGAGAUCAUCGAGUCCAACCCCCCUGCCAAAGCAGGUUCCCUACAGUAGGGAACAGUACAUACUUUCUGAGCAAUUCAUGAUGGCAUGCAAGAGGUGUACUUUCUUGGUAUGUGAGUGUGUGACUAGCUAGUUUUUUGUUUCGUUGGAGGUUUUUAAAAACUUCAGUAGUUUUAAGAAUUUAAGUCACCGUCUGUGCUGUCUCUCACAGCAGACUGUGUAAGUAGAGCAUUUAUUGGCUUCGGACAAAUUGGUGCUCAGAAAUGAACUUGUUUAUUUUGGUAAAGCUGUUUAAUAUGUGGACAUCUGCUGCAUUCAAAGGCUUGAAAAAACAGUUGAGGAGAAUCUUGCUGUAAAUUAAUUACCAACAUUCUGUUAUUCUUGAUAUCCAUAUUCUCAGCAAGACUGCCAUUAAAAUUGGUGGGGGAAAGAAAAAAAAAAAGAGAAAACCACCGAUUUUGAAUUUAAAUAGGAAAUGCAUUUUUAAAAGAAAUUCCAGAUCUUUAAUAUUAACAGGAGGAAGGGGAAAUAAAAAAAAAAAAAAAAAAAAGUAAGUCAUCUGCACAGAUGACAUUUUUGGGGAUUUAGACAGAGACAUUUCUGAAUGUAUACCUUUGAGGACUGAACCUUCAUGCUACAUGACUAUGACCCAACGUCAAACUGUUCUUAAUGCGUACUGUAUGUGUGGUGAAGCACACACCUGGUCUUUUUUUUUUUUACUUAUGCCUAGUUGGUGAUUUAUAUGUAACGAUAACCGUUAUGCAGAAGUACAACCUCCAAAUCCUGUCUGAGUAUUCUCACCCAGUCUGUUUUUGUGCUCUUUUGACCACAUACCACUUUGGAGCACUUCACUGAAAGCAAUGAGAAAAGUUUAUUUUGAUUUUCUUUUUUUUUUUUUUUUCUUCCCCUUUGUUCCUCUGCAAAGCCAACUAUAAAACAGGGCAAAGGAAUUUCAAUGUAGCCUGAUACUGAAGAUUUAAUUUUUUACAAGAAAAUGAUCACGGUGUGUAUUUUUUAUUGCUGUGUAGAUUUGCAAAUUAAUUUAAUUAGUUAUGUGAAAGUUUGGUUAACUUCUUUAGAUUCAGUAAGUUAUUUAUAUAAUCUGGCACUAACUGCCUAUAGCCAAUACAGAUUCAGAACACCUCGUGGACACUGGAACUGGUUAUUUCUGUUACUUGAGCACACUUGGAAAAUUGCAAACGGAAUUACAUCUACUUUAAAAGUCUGGGAAGCGAGUUCUUCUAUAGCAAUAAUUAGUUGCCACUUGAUACAUGGUUGCUGAAGUAGCAUUUUGUUUGCAUUUAAACAGAGAGGCUUGAAUGCAUAUGUUAAAGCAACAAAUGUGUGUCAAUGCAAUAUUAAAAAAAAAAAAAAAGAAACUUGCACGGUGUUUAUUCUCUUUAUUUGCACAUGGUGAUAUCUGUAUUGGUAGGCACUGCCUUGCUUUUGAUAUUUUAAACUUAUAAUAUGAAGAGAGUGCAUCCAGCACAUUCACUAGGUAAGCAUUUCUUGAAAAUGAAACAGUCUGUUUAAAUACACUGCUUCUGGUCAUGAUCUUUCUUACUGAAACUCAAACAUGCAUAAAACGUUGUGUAUUUGUAAUGAGCCAUGCUUGUACUCGAAACAUAAAACCUCUACUAAGACAUUGCUGUUAAAUAAUAUGUUCAUGUUGCAUUGUGCAUAGCUGAAAUAUGCUACGUUAUGUUUAAAUUUUUCCUUUAUUAUUUUUUCUUCUAUUAAAGUAUCUUAUUUUCUAUUUGUUUCUUUGUUGCAUAAUAAAGAUUAUCAGUCCGUUUGCUGCUA